CAUUUUGUCUUAUCUUGCCGGCCCGACCCUCGCGGGGCUGCGGGGCCUCAACAAUCCUUCUGGUUUCCUAUGUCUUCCAACGUUUUUGAUCAUGACCGAGACGAUUUUUUUUUAUGAGAGGGUCCCUACACCCGUUCCUUUCUCUAACCAGUGUAUUUUUUCCGACACAUUUUAUUUUCUUCUUCUCGAAGCUAUCAUGUUAUUUCGGGGUUACGCCUUUUUUGUGUGUGUGUUAUGUUUUCAUCUUGCGUGUUUUAGCGAGCAUUUGAUCUUUCGAUGUGUAACAAACAAACAAUCAAUGUAUGUGGAACUACUACUAUAUUUAUCUAUUACCGGACCUGGAAGCCCCUCACAGCACCUGCACAGCAUGUACUUAUUGGAUACGAUGGACGAGUUGAUGAGAAGAUGCGCAAGAGACUGGGGAUGAUCUGCGACUCCAGCGCGAGAUGAUGAGAAAAUGAAUGAAUCAAUCUGAUGAAAAUUGAAUUCUGAUUGUUUGCAAC